UUGCACAAAUAUUUGUACCCCUAUUGAACACCCAAUUUUGAAUUUUGUAUUACAUAAUCACACAUACCACAAAAAUAUACAUACACAUCAUCCAAACCCCACCGCUUCCACACAACCGCCGCCGCCAUGGACUUGCCGGAGUUCUCAUCAGGCCGGUCGCCGAGGAGGGAGCUCCAGGGACCUCGCCCCACGCCGCUCAAAGUCCGGAAAGAUUCCCACAAAAUCAGAAAGCCACCGGUAGCGCCGCCGACGGCCGGCCAUCUACAACCGCCGCCCCACGCGCCGCCGCGGCCACCGGUCAUCAUAUACACCGUCUCCCCCAAAAUCAUUCAUGCAAACCCUAACGAAUUCAUGUCGCUGGUCCAACGCCUCACCGGCCCCAACUCCGCCUCCUCCUCCACCUCCUCCUCCGCCGCCUCCGCCGCCGCCUUCCACGACGCCGGCGGGUCGGUCUCCCCGGCGGCCCGGUUCGCCUCCAUUGAAAAAACCCGGUCCCCGGGCGGUCGAAAUAAACCUCUCCUGCCUGACCCCCAAAAUCUAGGGUUUCCAGAAGGAAUCGAAUUCGCCGGCGACGUCCACCGUACCGGCCAAUUCCCCGGAAUCCUUUCCCCAAACCCUAAUUCUCUGCCGCCGAUUCCGCCGAAAUUCUUCUCCCCGCCAUCGGAGAACAUUAAUCCUCUGAGCUAUUUUCCAGAUUUGAGCCCGGUUCAGAACAGCAGCCGGAUUAAUUUCACAGACACCGCCAAUUUCUUGCUGCCGAGUCCAUCCCCGACAGCAUUUAUUUCUCCAUUGCCGAACAUCAACAUGCCUUCUCCAAACACCAUAGAUCUUUUCCAUAGCUUAUUUGACUUGUAGAAAAUCAGGCAGAGGGAUCGGAUUAAAUUCAAACCCGCCCCCAAAACAACAACAGAUUAAAUAAUUUGUUCUUAUACAGCAGUGCUGAUUCAUCAUCAUCUUCUUCAUCAAUGGAGAGGAAUCGAAAUGGGAAUUGAGGGGCAGAAUUGGAAAUUCAAAUGGACUGUGUCUCAAGGAAGACGAAGGCACGAAGCCUCCACUCAGUAGGUGUAUUCAAUUCAAUUAGUUUUCUCCUUUUCUUUUUGUUUCUGCUUUAUUAGUUUUGCAGUUGAAAAUUUAAUUUUGUGGGGGCCAUUAAAGAUAAAUAGAUCAUAUAUAUAUAUAGACACACAAAUAUAUAUACAUACAUUGUUUUUGGCUCAAAGAUCUGUCUUUUUGGCUUUGUUAUAAUCAUUUAAAAAAAUUAUUAAUUAAAUUAAUUCAUGUUCAUCAUAUAAUUUUCAGCCUGCAGUGUUUUUUACUCAGUCAAACUUGCAAUCAUGGGAU